UUACGUUUAGAUGGGACAACAACACACGGCAAAAUGCAACUGAAGACCGUCUUGACCGAGCGUUAUAAAAGAGUAACAUUUUGGACCGCGUUCUCUCUGUUACUUCUGUACACUGUUAUUGUAUGGAACGUCUUAGUAUGGCUGAUCCUGCCAGACAAUGAGGGGAUCCAAAAAGAUGACGAUAGAGCAGCCUCGCAUAAAAGACAACAUGCUGCUAACCCAAGAUACCGGGCACGAAGUCUUCUGGACGUCUGGAACGCCUCCGUCACGUCCAUGCCAUGUACCCCAAAGGAACACGUCCUGUUCAUCAAAGUUCCCAAGUGCGGUAGUUCUACCCUUUCCAGUAUUAUUCUAAGAUAUGGAUUCCGGCACAGCUUAAAAACGGCGCUCCCUCUUGGCAGUAAGUUUAACUUGGUUUCCUUGCUGAGAAGUCUGAACGACAGCGAUCAUCAACGUGAUAAGCAUGACAUAUUCGCAAGCCACGUAAGAUAUAAGGUUGUCAAAGAUCAUGAGCACCUCGUACCAAAUGAUGCCUUUUAUGUGACAAUUAUUAGAGAACCACUGAGUGCCUUUAAAUCUUUUUUUAAUUAUCGUCAUAAGGGAGCAUACUUUGGACUCGAAGGGAAAAACCAGCUGGAAAUGUUUUUUUCUAACUCAUCAUUAUAUACAUCCCCUGAGGCAGCCAGAUUUUGGAACCGAAUGAUACGUUACCUUGGGUUUAAGGUUCCGGCCAACACCACCCAAAGCACUCCCCACGCAGUAGAGGAGGCCAGGCAAUAUGUAUACCACAUAGACCGAGAAUUUGAUUUUGUAAUAGUUUUGGAAUAUUUUGAGGAAUGCCUGAUACUGCUGAAGAGAAUGCUGUGCUGGGGAACACAUGAAUUUUUCUACACUCAGCAAAAAACUGGCUCUUCUUUUUCAGAGGAUUAUAACUCGGCUGUUAAAGAAGUCGAUGAUCCAACGGUAGUUAAAAGAUACAGAGAGCUGAGCUAUGCCGACUAUAUUCUCUACGACUACUUUAAGUUGAGGAUUGAAAAAGUGCUCGAAAACCAAAAUACUGAUUUCUUCAAUGAAGUCCGUAAUUUUAAGGCAGUGAAUAGAAAGGUGGCGGAAUUUUGUCAAAGUAACGCAACCUUUGGAGAAACAUUGGAAAUGCCACCGUCAAAAUGGACCAGCGGGUUUAUCAUGAGGAAGGAGUACUGUCGUCUGCUCACGUUUGGUGUUAAGAAAUAUAUCAAAUUUUUAGAAAAAAAGAAAUUUCAUGUAGUAUGA